GGGGGUAAAGGUGAGGUGCACCGCAUAAGAGGAAGGAUCUGAUGAUGGCUGACCAGCGAUACAGAUUCCAUCUUUGUCGAAAACAGGUGGGGGAAAAAGGUGGGCCUGCAGGCUCUUUCUUCAAUCUUUAUCCAUCUGCUGGAAGAAGGAUUCUGAAACAGUGAAACCGGGGGGAGCAAAAGAAUUUGAGAAAGAAGAAAACACGGGAUCCUGUUUAAAGAAAGACCCGUGCAACUAGUACAUGUCCUUUGUCACUCUCUCUCCCUCCCUCUCUCUCUCUCUCUCCCCCGUAUAUAAAGGUUUUGCGUUUGGUUGCCGGAAAUGGGGAUCUAAACUGGCACGACACGUCCAAAGUCAUUCCUUUUGGGGCAUUCUGAUUCCACCGUAUAAAAAUAGCACAUCACCAGCAUCAACAAGGGCAUAUCGCAGCUUGCCACGUACGGGCUCUCUUACAACUCCCUCUCUUUUCCUCCUUUUCUAUCAGAUGGGAUCUUGAUUUUGCAAGAGUUUCUUGGUUGAGAGUACUUGAGGAGACCAGGUAAAAAAAGAAAACCGAAGAAAAAAAUUUUCGGUUGCCCUGGCGAGAAUCUCCAGGAAUCUUUCUUCAUAGUGUGAGUUGCUUCUCUCUGUUUAAUUUCGUUCUGUUUGAGCUGUCAAUUCUGUUUAUGUUGUGAUUCAUGGGGCUAGUCUGUGUUUUGGAUGGUUGGUGACGUGUCUGCUGUGGUUGUUUGAGUCCUCGAUUAUGUUUGUGGAGAGCAGGAAAAUUGAAUCUCUCUUGUUUAUUAUUAAUAGAGCUUAAAUCAAAUGAUAGUAAAUCAGCGAAUUACUUCCGGAGAAUAUGUGGAAAAAUGGCCUUAUCUUCCUGUUUGUUUCAAUCCUUGUGAUUCGCCACUUGAACGUUGUGACAGACCAAACACUUUAUGAACCCAAGUUUUUCUCUCUUGUAUCGAUAACAGCUUCAUUUAUUCAAGAUUCUCCCCAACUUGGCUCCUGCAGCACAUGCAUAAGAUAGAAGCAUUUAUCUUCGUUUGGCUGUGUCACAGAAAAAAAAAAAAAAAAAAAAAAUGGAGGACACUGUCUUCUCACCAAUCCCAAUGCCCAGCACAGCCCCGGAAUCCGCCAUGGAUGUCGACUACAUGGAUGAACUGUUGCUAGAAGGAUGCUGGUUGGAGACUGUGAAUGGAUCUGAAUUCCUCCAACAGAGCCCUCCCAGUUUUGGUGCCUUCUUUGACUCCCCAUGUCAAUGGUCUGCUCUAGAGAAUAUUGAGUGCAAUUCCAGCCCCAACCAGCUUCAAAAGAACAACCAAGAGUUGAUGCAAACACCAUUGCAUCCUGGAGAUUCUCCUAUGGAAGAAGGCCAAACAAAACCUCUCGAUAAUCCUCAGUCUCUGAGUGUUGUUGAGUGUUCUAGUCGGUCAGAUAAACAUGUCAAUGAAGGAUCUGAUUUAAGAAGAAGGUGGUGGAUUGGGCCAAGGGUGAGUUCAGGUUCAACAAGUUCUGUGAUGAAUAGGUUGAUCCAUUCUCUUGAUCAAAUUCGAGAUUUGACGAAAGAUAAGGAUGUCCUCAUCCAGGUAUGGGUGCCUGUAAAUAGAGGCGACAGACAUUUUCUCACAACCAAUGACCAGCCCUUUUCACUUAAUCCUAGCAGCAAGAGACUUUCAAAGUACAGGGAAAUAUCAGUGAAUUAUCAGUUUUCGGCCAAGGAGGAUUCCAAGGAAUUGAUGGGAUUACCCAGUCGUGUAUUUUUGGGGAAGAUUCCUGAAUGGACUCCCGAUGUCCGCUUCUUCAGAAGUGACGAGUAUGCCAGGGUUGAUCAUGCUCAGCAUUUCGAUGUCCGGGGAACUCUUGCCCUUCCUAUCUUUGAACAAGGGAGCAGGACUUGCUUGGGUGUUAUUGAAGUUGUGAUGACAACCCAGAAAAUCCAGUAUCGGCCUGAAAUUCAAAGCGUUUGCAAGGCACUAGAGGCUUUUGAUCUUAGAAGCUCUGAAGUAUUCGGCAAUCUCAGUGAAGAGUCACACUGGAAAUCAUAUGAAGCCGCAAUACCCGAGAUUCGUGAAGUCUUAAGAUCCGCCUGCGAGACACAUGGAUUACCGCUAGCCCAGACGUGGGUCCCAUGUAGCCAACAAGGUAAAGGAGGUUGUAGGCACUCCAAUGAGAACUAUGUUCACUGUGUUUCUACCAUCGACCAUGCUUGUCAUGUGGCUGAUCCUCUCCUCCAACCAUUUCACGAGGCUUGUUCUGAGCAUCACUUGCUGAAAGGUCAGGGGGUUGUUGGGAGGGCAUUUCAAACUAACCAACCAUGCUUUUCAUCGGACAUAACUUCUUCGGGAAGAACUGAAUACCCUCUCUCUCACCAUGCAAGAAUGUUUGGGUUGUGUGCUGCUGUCGCUAUCCGUCUAAGGAGCAUCCACACUGGUACAGCCGAUUUUGUGCUGGAGUUCUUCUUACCUAUGGACUGUAAGGAUCACGACAAACAGAAAAAGAUGUUAGGUUCGCUGUCCAUCAUUAUUCAACAGGUUUGUCAGAGUUUGCGGGUCAUUACCAAUGAGGAACUGGAGGAGGAAACUGUCUUGCCAGAAAUUCCAGUGCCUUCAGAAGGCAGGCCUCAAGGAGAAUGGUCACUGGAGGUGGAAAGUAAUUAUUUGGAGAGGUGCUCUGAAGAAGAUUUGUCCUGGAGCGCUCAUGUUGAAAAAGUUCAACAGAGUGAUACAGUUGCCUCAGCCACCCAAAAGGCCAGAGCAGGGGAAUCAUUUGUCGAGAAAUCUCUUGAUUUCGGGCAAUUCCAAGACUCGAGUACUGAACGUGGCGAAGAUUGCUCUUUCUAUGGUGAAGGAAGGUGCUCUGAUGCGGCCAGGGAAAAGACAGGAGAUAAGAAACGUACGAAGGCAGAGAAAGCCAUCACCUUGCAAGUCCUUCGUCAGUACUUUGCCGGAAGUCUUAAAGAUGCUGCAAAAAGUCUCGGUGUUUGCCCCACGACCUUGAAAAGGAUAUGCAGGCAACACGGGAUCAAACGUUGGCCAUCUCGAAAAAUCAAGAAGGUCGGUCACUCCUUACAGAAACUUCAACUCGUAAUGGACACUGUCCGUGUCCAAGGUGCGCCGGGUCCCUUGCAAAUCGAUUCUUUCUACACAAACUUCCCAGAGCUGGCCUCUCCAAACCUUUCUAUUACCAGUCCCUUAUCGGCUUCAAACCACGGGGAUCAUCUGCAACCACUGGGCACGCAACCUGGAGCCCUGAACUUCGAUUCCUGUGCUGCUGUGUCGAAGUCGACGUCAUCGUCGUGUAGUCACAGCUCCAGUUCCAGUCAGUGCUGUUCCAGUGGGACAAAGCAGCAUCCGUCCAUAGUGGACCUCGUCGCCGAAGAAGAUCAUUUAGUUUCAGAGAACAACGUGGAUAUUACCCCUUCAAAAAUGGUCCAAAGUCAUGUGGAAUUACAAGGCUCGAGCCAGGAAGAGCAAAAGCUCUUGCCGAGAUCCCAGAGCCGUAGAUCUUUCAACCCAAAUAUGGAGAAUCCGCCGCGGCCGCCCCCGCAGUAUAAUUGCCAGGCAUCGCGAGAAGGGGAUCCCCUGAGAGUAAAAGUGGCGUGUGCGGACGAGAAUAUCCGCUUCCGCAUGCAGAAGGAUUGGGAUCUAAAGGACUUGUGGGGAGAAAUCGCGAGGCGGUUCUGCAUAGAGGACACAAGCAAGUUCGACCUCAAGUACUUGGACGACGACUCCGAGUGGGUGCUGCUGACGUGCGAUGCUGACUUGGACGAGUGCAUCGAUGUCAGCAGAUCAUCCCCAGGUAGCACGGUCAAACUCUCGGUCCGAAAGUCCCAUCACCGUCGUCUCGGGAGUUCCUUGGGUAGCAGCGGCCCUCCACGGAUGCAUGGUGCUUCAUGACCCCGUGGUCGAGGUUGCCGCCGGCCGGUUUAAUUAUAUUUUGGCCUCCUUCCACGUGCAUUCGCGAGAUCUUCGCGGGAGAAGAAUUGUAAAGUUCGUACAUUGCGGGGUUGGCGCACGGAACAAUCAGCUAGAGGCGGCUUCUUAUCUUGACUGCGCGUAGGGGAUAUUUUAGGACAGACCUUUCAGUUACAUUUUAUCCUAAAUACGGUUUUCCGUUUGUUUCGAGUUGUAUGUUUUUUUCAGCUGCCUUCGAGUCAAAUAAAGAUGUUGGCAUUUUUACAGCCAGCAAAGAACGGUGAUUCC